AUGAUGUCUCAGAAGAAGAUUUUCCUGAUUCUGGUGGCAUUUAGUACUGUCAGUUUGCUGUUGCAUCAGGGAGGCCACCUGAGUUGGACCAUGGAAGUGUUACAACUGACCGACUCAUCCAUCAACUCUCAAACUGUCAAACACACCAACAUAGUCUUCCUCAAGACGCACAAAACAGCCAGCAGCACUGUGCAGAACAUCUUCUUCCGCUUUGCUGAGCGCAACAACCUCACAGUGGCGCUGCCGGUCACACCAUGUGACCACCAGUUCUGCUACCCGUGCAUCUUCAGCAAACAUUUUGUCCACCCCUACACCAUGCCUCCAAACAUUGUAACCAGCCACAUGCGCUUUAGCCACUCUGAGUUGAAACGCAUUAUGCCCAAUAACACCCAUUACAUUACCAUCUUGCGUGAACCUGGUGCCAUGUUUGAGUCCCUGUUCAGCUACUACAAUCAGUACUGUGAUAGUUUCAAGCGGGUCCCCAAUGGAUCUCUGGAAGCUUUUCUGGAAAAGCCUUGGGCUUACUAUCGUCCCGAGGAGAAAGAUUCAAUGUAUGCUAGGAAUACACUGACCUUCGACCUGGGUGGAGAUAAGGAUAAACCGUACAAAGAAGUGCUGACGUAUGCGAAGCGAUUUGCUGCAGAAGUGGAGAAUGUGUUCUCAUUGGUCAUGAUUGCAGAACAUUUUGACGAAUCCCUAAUCCUGAUGCGACAUCUGUUGUCAUGAGAUCUAGAGGAUGUGCUCUACAUCAAGCAAAACAUGCGCAUGCCUUUGUCUAGAAGCAACCUUUCUGAAGCACAUCUGAACAAAAUCCGGGAAUGGAACUCCAUCGAUGCUGUGCUGUAUGACCACUUUAACGUCUCACUUUGGAGUCAGCUGAAAGAACUGGGUCUAGCUUGUGUUGCUAGGGAAGUACAGCUGCUUCGUCAUGCCCAAGAAGAGAUGGUACGUGGCUGCUAUGGUGGCAGACUGCCUCCACUCCGCUCAGCUGUGGAGAUUACCAACAAAGAUCUGCGGCCCUGGCAGCCCAGCUACAAAGUGACUAUUGUUGGCUACGACUUACCCGAGUCUGGCAUGUCACAGGACAAGUGCCUGAAAAUUAUCAUGCCUGAAGUGCAAUAUACAAAGCGACUGCUACACACGCAGAUCCUGCAUUACAGGAGCAAGCAACAUUCAAGAAUAAUAUGA